GCGUGUGAUUGGCGGUUUACUCUCACGUGACAACUUUUGACGUUCUUCGGUGGGGAGAACUGUGAGAGCCGGACAGUGCGACUUCUCUUGUCCGAGUGGUGCAGAAUUUGCUCUGUUAUGUGUGGACGCACUGCCUGUACUCUUGCUCCUGAGGAGAUCAGACGUGCUUGUAGAUACUUGGACAGACAGGGCAGACACAGGACUCCUCAGUGGAGAGAUGGAGAUCAAAACAAGUAUGCACCUUCUUACAACAAAAGCCCACAAUCUAACAGUCCUGUCCUAGUGUCACAAAGACAUUUUCAGAAGGAUGCUGCCUCUGACGAGUUUGUGAUCUCUGCCAUGAGGUGGGGUCUAAUCCCAUCCUGGUUUCAGGAGAAUGAACCCAGUAAAAUGCAAUACAGUACAAGUAACUGCCGAAGUGACGGUAUGAUGCAGAAAAAGUCAUACAAGGAACCUUUCUUUAAAGGACAACGCUGUGUAGUCUUAGCUGAUGGCUUCUACGAGUGGCAGAGAAGCAAGACAGAGAUUCAGCCUUACUUCAUCUACUUUCCUCAAGAUGUAAACAAAGUUAAGAAUGAUCCUGAAGAGUUGGUGGACUCGGAGGUCUGGAACGGUUGGCGACUGCUUACAAUUGCUGGCUUGUUUGACUGCUGGAAAUCCCCAGUUGGUGGAGAACCUCUCUAUAGCUAUACUAUUAUUACUGUGGAAGCUUCCAAAGCUAUGAAAGGAAUACAUGAUCGAAUGCCAGCAGUUCUAGAUGGAGAGGAUAAAAUCAGACGCUGGCUGGACUUUGGAGAGAUAAAGGCCCAAGAGGCUUUCAAACUUAUUCACCCAAUUGAAGCCAUCUGCCUUCAUCCAGUUUCUUCCAUUGUCAACAAUUCCAGAAAUAAUGUGCCUGAGCGCAUUAAACCCAUCGAGCCGGAUUCUGCCGAGAAGAGUAACCGAUCUGGCAACAGUAAGAUGAUGCUGAACUGGUUAGCAAAAGGAUCUCCAAAAAAGGCCGAGCCCGCUCCAUCGCCAACGGUGAAAACGGAAAUGCAAAGUUUCAAGAGAAGCAGUGCCAGCCUUAUGCAGUCUUGGCUUCAAAAACCUGGAGGAAGCAUGGCCAAAAGGCCAAGAAGCAACCGCGACAGUGAAAUCCCGUGACGGGCUUACUCGACGUCCCUGAAUGUCGGAUUUCUCAGCUCACGUUUCUGCAUGCAGUUUGUAAAGGUCUGCGGUUGGCUUCUCACCAGGCAUUAAGGUUUUUGGUUUUCAGUUGUGUAGCUAAUGUUUCAGCAGUAAGCACGUUCAGUGCAGUACAUGAAUACUAGGAAAUAAAUAUGUGCAAAGUCUCUUUAGCUUGAUGACCUUGAAAGUUGUUGUUAGUGCAUAAAAAUAUUGAAAGAAAAAUCUUACAGUUCAUUAAUUACCACUAGGACUUGUUUACUGGAAAUUGGCCCUGUGCCAUUCCUACCACUAGUUUCCGUCGAUUCCCCCGCCAUUUGAUCUUUUGUAUGCAGCGGUUAUGCAGUUUUAAAAGCUUACAGCCUGAAUCGGAGUGGGAGAAAUUUUUGGAAUUUCCUUCAUUCUUCUCCCACUUAUAUGACUUCUCAUAUCAAGUGAGAACUUUAAUAAAUAACAAAUAUUGAAAA